AGACUUUCGUGGACCCACCAUUGGUAUCUGGGGCUUAUCGAUUGGUUUUCGUCGAUGCCAAGCAAGCGGCACACCCAGCAGCGAUCCUUGUCCCACAGGCUGGGGCUCCGAGCUUAGCGUCAUUCACUGACAAGGCUUUCAAGCGCGGCCGCUUUCCAAGGUUCCCGCUGCAUUUCUUCACUUUUUGACUUCAACUCCAGAAAAAAAGUGGCCGCGCUCCGGCACAGUUGCAACUCCUCUUCGCCCUUUCCCCCCUUGUUUAAAGAGUCGACAAGGCCCUCUUUGGCCAUGACUUGAGCUCUGCUGGCCCGUCGAGCUCCUGCUGCCCCCCGCCUGUGUCUCAGCAUGCCUUUCAACAAUGACAUCUAGCGCCGCAACGACCCAACUGGGCCGUCAUCUUUGGGGCUCGAUCCGAGAUUCCGUCACCAUUUUCGCAGCGAGGCUACCACAACGCCCGCCGAAGCCAACCCGCACGCGGUUUGGCCAACUCUGCCAGCCCUUCCACCCCGCAAAUCCGAGUCACACUUCGCCAUUGAUUCAUCCAGCGAAGAGCUUCUCGAGGGCUUAUUCUUCAAGAGCAGCCCGACCUCCCCCCAGAAAAAGCUGCACCUCCGGGUGUUUGCUCCUCCUGGGAUUAUCACCCAGUCCAUCUUCAACAAACGCAGUGGUGACGACAUGCGCUCGCAACACAAGCCAAAAGGCCCAGCUGAGCUAUUUGGCACGGCAGAUAUGGAAACAGAGUCGCCAACCCCGCAAUGACCGGGGCGAAGUGAGCAUCAUCGGGAGGAGGGGCAAGAGCUCCAGCACCAACCGAGACGGCGAUAGGAACAAUGUCACCGGUCAACCACCACCAAGGACUGAGGUCGAGAAACCACAAAACGGCCCUCCAAAAAUACCCGAAUCUGAGCUCAGUGAAGCCGAAAGUAUCGCGGAUUCCAUGUCCAAAUAUUUGCACCUUCCAAAGAUGCCGCAUAGACCGACGAAAGAGGAGCUUCUUGCAGCGACGAAUGGGUUUCUUCAACGACUAAGAGUGCGGUUCAAAUGGUUUUCCAUCAGGAGUAUGCGGCCAUGGAAUGCAGAUGAAUGGGGAGCUUUUGUGUCGUGGUUCUUGUUCGGGCAUCUUGUCUGGAUCUUGGUUGGGACCACUACCUUCUUCUCCCUUAUCAUUCUGUUUAUUAAUACCGUCUUUGCUCAGGAAACGCUCGCGAAAUGGAUUGGCGACUACCUUACUCAGUCUGCAGGACUUACGGUUGUUUUCGAGUCGGCUAUUGUCCCGAGAUGGAAGGAUGGCGUCAUCACCUUCCGGAAUGUGUUCGUUUCUCGGAGGCCAGGCCAGCACGGCAAGUCGACUGUCAAGAAGGGUUCCUCCAAUGCUGCAGCUGAGGCGGCAGCCGCAAGACAAACGGCACUGGAGGAAGAGGCAGAUGAUGGCAACUAUACGCAAUUCGACGUGACCAUUGAUACCGUCAACGUCACCUUAUCGUUUCUAAAAUGGUGGAACGGGAAAGGGCUGCUCAGGGAUGUAGAGGUCAAGGGUGUUCGAGGUGUAAUCGACAGGACCUCGGUUGUCUGGGGCGAUGAGGAAGUUGACCCUCUGACUUUCAGACACGAACAUAACCCCGGCGACUUCGAGCUUGAUUAUUUCAAGAUGGAAGAUCUUCUCGUUACGGUACAUCAGCCCGGCGGAUUCCGGCCCUUUUCCGUUUCGAUAUUCUCGUGCGAGCUCCCUCAGCUUCGAAAACAGUGGCUCUUUUACGACUUCCUCUCCGCCUCGCACAUGUCAGGUGCGUUUGACGGCUCCCUGUUCACGAUCCACCCUCGACAGAUACACGGUAUUUCAGCCGCCGCCGCAGAGGACCGGAGACAGGACGAGUUUGGCGCAUCAUCUGCGUGGAAGAAAUUCUCUCGUUUACGCAUUGACGGUCUCAAGAUCGACCACCUGAACCGCGGAGUGGAAGGUCCGUUUGGGUGGAUUUAUGAAGGAAAUGUCGACAUCGUAGCCGAUGUCAUGUUUCCAGCUGAUCCCGCCGAAGGGAUUGGCAAAGUUGUGGCCGAGUUCUAUGACAAAAUGGAAGAAGCCGUCACGAGUAACCGGUACCUACAGAUAUUGGACACCAAUGGCACCCGUCGCCGAGAACGAGAACAAAACAUCAUCAACAACUCAAGGCCUUACUCGGUACGUCAUGACGAGAAUCUGCUGUCUGGAGAGAACCCAUCCGCUCCCCUUCCGGCAUCCUCUCACCACCACCCGCCCCCCUCACAAGAAGAGGUUCCCGGGUAUCUGGUCAUGGACUUGCGCAUCCAUCUUAACAAUGUGCGCGCCGCCGUUCCUCUUUUCAAUAAUCCGCACAUUAGCUAUGUCAACCAAGCUCUAGUGCGCCCGAUUGUUGCCUACAUCAACGCCAAGCGCACAUAUAUUCCCGUAAACUGCCGCAUCGUGAAGCGCGUAACCGACUUCGAUGGUUCCUGGACGGUCUGGGACUGUGGUCUGAUGGAUGACACGAGCGCAGAGGUUUACUCUGCGUUUGCGUACAAUGUCGAGGACCAGCAGAGCCGAGUUCGCCGGUUCAAACGGGUUGGACUGUGGACUGUCAGUCUUGUUGUUCAUGCUCUGCUUGCUGGCGUGGCGGGCGAUUACAUGUAGCCUAUGAACGAUACCUAUUUAACGAUUAAUAUCUUCUCUUUUUCUCUGCCCGAUGGUGAUUCCACCCAGGCAUGAGAUAUGUAUCACUAAAACAAAAGGGGGUUGGAUUCCGGCGGGAUGGUACGGACUUUUAAAUACACUGGCUGGUGGGACUGCAUCAUUACGUUUCAGGGCAUAUUGGCGGGUGGGUUUGGGAUAACUGGAGGAGUUUUUUAGCUGUUUUUCCUCUAUAGCGAUCAGACUCACUCGGGGCGUUGUGGUUACUCUUUUGGGGACUUGGUUUUCACGUCCGUCAUCAUGUCACGAUGCGAAAUGACUGGUGGAGUCGAGGGGAAACAGUUGCUAACCGUCGAGCUGUAUCAAAUACAUGACAGAGGGAGCGGAAUAAAUAAGGUUCAGCAGCAUUGUAGUGUGCCCCGUCUUAUCACUGGCAUCAAUGAUAGAUUUGAAUACAUUUAGUAAGGACUCUGGAGAAGAAAAGGG